AGUAGGAAGUCAAAUUAAAAACACAUCAGUAGCGUUUAAUAGCGCCCCAGAUUGAGCCAUCGUUGUUAAUUUAAGUUUUGUGGGUCGUUUUUUUUUUUUUUUUCCCUCCCGUCGUAAAAGGUAGCAGGAGGUCCGCAAUGAGCGUGGGCUUCAUUGGCGCGGGCCAGCUGGCUCACGCGCUGGUGAAGGGCUUCACAGCAGCUGGUGUAAUUGCCACCCACAGAAUCACAGCCAGCUCCCCAGACACAGAUCUGCCCACAGUCUCUGGACUCAGGAAAAUGGGAAUCAACCUAACAACUAGCAACAAGGAGACAGUGCACAAGAGUGAUGUGCUGUUCCUGGCAGUCAAGCCUCACAUCAUCCCCUUCGUGCUGGACGAGAUUGGGCCUGACAUCGAGGACCGCCACCUCAUCGUUUCUUGUGCUGCUGGUGUCACUAUCAGCUCCAUUGAGAAGAAGCUGCUCCAGUAUCGGCCUACCCCCAAGGUGAUGCGCUGCAUGACCAAUACACCCGUUGUGGUGCGGGAGGGUGCCACAGUGUACGCCACAGGCACACAUGCUGAGGUGGAGGAUGGCAAACUACUAGAACAGCUGAUGGCCAGCGUGGGCUUCUGCACUGAAGUCGAGGAGGAUCUGAUUGAUGCCGUCACAGGCCUGAGCGGCAGCGGACCUGCCUAUGCAUUCACAGCUUUAGAUGCUCUUGCUGAUGGGGGGGUGAAGAUGGGACUACCCAGGAGGCUGGCUGUCCGGCUUGGAGCCCAGGCCCUGCUGGGUGCAGCAAAAAUGCUGCUGGACUCAGAGCAGCACCCUGGGCAGCUGAAGGACAACGUAUGCUCUCCAGGCGGUGCAACCAUCCAUGCCCUACAUGUGAUGGAAAGCGGAGGCUUCCGCAGCCUACUCAUAAAUGCUGUGGAGGCCUCCUGCAUCAGGACCAGGGAGCUGCAGUAUCUGGCUGACCAGGAAAAGAUCUCAGCAGCUGCCAUCAAGAAGACCACUCUGGACAAGGUGAUGCAGCAGCCUGGGGCGUCUAGUGCAGGCGUGGCUUCCAGAACGGGGAUCAGCCUUUUCAACAGCAACAACGCCCCAAGACAGAAGAAGAACUGAGCGAAAUUAGUGUUGUUGUUGACGGGAUGUGUGUGGGGUGGCGGUGGGGGUUUGGGGAGGAGGUAAGCUGCAGACACUGAAGAUCUUGGCACCAUUUCCUGGAACACAGGAUGAAAUGAGAACAACAGCUGAUAAUAUCUGCAGGUUCAUCUUAAUUCAAAGAAAGCACUAUCUUAUCUGUAAAAUUUCUUUUCGGGAUCAGGAGCCGUGGGCUGUAGACCAGUCAUUUAAUUUACUUUCACAUAGUAAGCCAUCACUCAUUUUUAAAAGUUUUGGAAUGGCCAGGCUAGAGUGUAUGAAGUGUUUGAGUAUGAGGGCAUGUGUGAUCUGUGGGCAGUGAGAUUGAGAGUCGAGAGACUGUCCUUCAUUUCCGGUCUGAAUGGCAUAUACAGGUGGAGUAUUAACAGUAUGCUUUACUGGCUGCAGAACGGCUCCCCAGAAGCUCAGGAAGCUAUAGCUGUACGCACCACUUCUGUUACACCGCUUACCUGUUAUACGUAACCAGUUGUUAGGUUGUUGCUGGGCAGGAACAGCAUUUCCUCCCCACAGACCAUUCUUCAUCUCAAGAAGAAGAGGUGGACCAAGCUCUGCAGUAUCUCAAUACUGGUGCAAAAAUAUCGGCUAGCUUUUCGAUGAGCUUCUUUUUCCUUUUCAGCGCAGAGGUUGUGGGUAAUCUAUAGUCUGACUUUGGUGGUGUUGCCAUCUUUUGCUUUGCUGCUAUUUAAAACAGAGGGCUGUAGUAUGGAUCCCAUCUCUAUCUACAGCUGUAUUUGUACACAUUUCACAGUAGAAGACAAAUAAAUCCUGUAGAUCAUG